AGAACGAGUUGCUAUUCACGCUUUAUCGGAAAUUUGAGACCGUCUGAACCAUACGCCCUUGGACUUUUUCGUCAUCUGCAUUGAAACACGAACUGGUUUUAGCGCAGAAGGACCGUAUUGCUUGGGCCUGAAAGAUCUUGGUCUGCGGUGGCUCAGUAAUUUCGAGCAAAUGUGGCUGCGUUGUUCGUAUCGUAUCGUGUUUACUCUAGUUAUCGCCGCCUUUCCAUUCAUCGGAUUUUGUCAAGGUAAGUAAGUUUCUUGUGUCAACGACAAUGGUUUCCCGUCGUUUCAACAACUCCCAGCCUGUGGCGUUGUUUAUUGUUAUCUCAAUAAUUAUUUGUGACUAUUGUAACCACCGUAACUUAAUUCAUAAGCAGCUAAAUCUUGAUCGAGGUUCUUUGUACGCAAAUGUGGUCAUAAAAUUACAAUAGUAAGUUUAAAAGCUUAUUUUUACGUAAUCUUACUUUUUUGCGUAGCAUAAGCUUUAUACAAUGUUGUUUACGUUUUGCUGUUUGUGGUUUUGUAGGCAAAAAGCGUUUGAUUGUAGUUAAAGUACUGUAUGUCUACUACAAGGAUCUCUGGUCAUCCUCCUCGCUGCGAUCAUAAGGCAGCUAAAUAUGCUGCGAUGAGGGUCGCCAUAUUGAAGCCCAUUUUUGUAACAACAUGAAAUUCACAUUUUCGUGGAAUAUGAAAGCAAUCCUUUGUAAAAAAGAAAUACAACGCGUUGUAGAUAAGCAGGAUCCAAAAAAACGAUGCUGAUCACAACGAUAUGCCCCGCAAGGUGAAGUAGUCACGAGGCAUUUUACGGUUCAGUCCGUAAAAUAUAAGCUUAAAGGUUACUGCUUACAGUUGUUUAUAUUUGCAUAACAAAUCUCUUUUACUUAUUAAAACUUUAUUGCCCUGAUAUUAGAAAUAUAUAUUUUUUCAAUGUCAAAAGAUACUUCAAGAUAGUGUUUAGCUGUCAUAUUGAGAAUUGAGAGAGUGAAUUUUAACUAGAAAUACUGACCAGUAGGUGCAUCACAGAGCCUCGAGAAUCACAGGUAAAGGACCAGAAGUAGAAAGUAAGGGGAGAGAAGCCAAUGGGGAAAAGAAAAUAUAUAUAUAUUUUUAAAAACAAACGAAACAAAUAAGCAAAUAAAACAACAACAACAACAACAACAACAAAAAAGAAAAAAAUAGGAUGGGUUCUCGCUAAGGAGGAUUCGUACCCAAUACCUUUGGCCUUGACGCAACCUCUCCUUACCACUACACUACAAAGGAUGAUUACGCAAGUCUGGUGAAAAGUCUUUGAUUUAAGGCCUUUCCCAUGAAACUUCCCCCAGCAAACGCCGUUUAAAGCAUCUAAUCUGUAUGCGAAACUCAAAGCAUACAGACUAGACGAGAACAAGAAUGCUCUAAAAACAUUGAAGUCUCGCUUACUUGGAGAUAGAUAAGAAGUGAAGAGGCGAUUUAUUCUAAACGAAACAGGAUUUCCUUGCUAAAAGUUUUUCACUCUUGACGAUGAUUGAGUCGUGUUUUAAUAAACGAAAAUCGAGAGUUAUUACAUCAUUGCAAGAGAGAAAAAAAUAGUCCUUUGGGAGGGCAUGAGCUUACUGGCAGUGAAUAGUCUGUGCAAAGAAAAGGGCAGUGCCAGAUACCUAUGGUGCAAAGCAUAAUUGUUUAAUGCUGUGUGCUAAAAGGACAAUUUUCCAAAGAAAAAAUUUAAAUUAUUUAAUAGUUUGUAUCGCUCAGUGUACCUUAGCCUGCGUAGCAAGCGUUUCCAAUCGAGUUAUUGCGCGAAAGUUAGAGCCAAGCGUUUCCAAUCGAGUUAUUGCGCGAACGUUAGAGCCGAAGCAAAAAAAAGGUUGAAGGGAGAGGGGGAGGGGAGAAGAGGAAACGCUUUCCCGCAAACCCCACGAUUCUGGAAAACGCCCCUUGAUAUUUCACGUUUGGUUCAUUUGUAAAUUGACAGCUCGUCAAAAUAGAAACAUAACGAACAGAUUACCCCUGGAUUGUUACCAGAUUUGUAAAAUUACUUUGUUCUCUAAUAGAACACGUUGCAGGCGAUUGCAAGAACUGUAAUAAAAAAGAUUUACGAUAAAAGAAGGUUGAAAGUAUGAGCGAUUGCUGCGGAAUUGCUUGUUUUUUUAUUGUGUGGCUCUAUCUCGUCUGAAACCUUGUCGACACGUCAAAAAUGAUAUGUCCGGAACAAUUCACUCCGGGGAUAAGUUUUGCAGAGCGGCUGCUCUUCAGCCUGUGUCGAAACGUUCUCUACAAUAGAUGCCGCCAAAUUUCCAAUAAACAAAAAGAAUCUUUUCAUUUCAAAAAGCUGACAAAUCGCUUGUCCAUGGCGGCUUUAGCUAGUGUCGAGUACCGAUGCUCUGAUUUAUGUUGAUGUUAUCUUCAACAAACAGUCCAUUUUUUUCCAGUCAGAUCCGCACGCUGUCAUACACAAUAAAUAGGCCCUCCCUAGUCUCCACUGCUCGAUCUCCAAUCAUACUUUGAAGACUGAUCUCAUAAACCUUCACACAAACACGAUUCAAAUAAAUAUCAGUCCAAAAUAUUUGUAAUCUGCGACCACGAAUCAGAUGAGACCAGAUCUGUGACGCACGAAAACAAAGCAUACCUGCUUUGAUUGAUGUUUCGAAUGCUAAGUAAUCAACACUACCCGCACCGCGCCAAUCAGAAGCUGCGUUCGUGGGCGAACGCAGUUUUUCAAAAUCGUGGGGUUUGCGGGCAAGCGGUUCCUUCGUUCCCCUCCCCCUCCCCCGUCAUUAAUUUGUUUUGGUCUUGUCCCAGCUUUCUAGACGAACCUCGCCAGGAAACGCUUGCUACGCAGGCUAAGUGUACCUUGUUUUUUCAACACAUUUGUUUUCUAUUUCCAACAUGUUUGUCGUGCGUUAUCUGUAGAAAACGUACGUAAUUUACAUGGUAAGUAUAAUUAAAACACUGCCUGUACCUAAAGCUACUACUUAUGGCCUUCAUUCUUUAUCAUGCUGCUAAACAAUGGAACUUACUACCGGAUUCUGUGUACCAGUGAUUUUGCAAAGUUUAAAAAGCAAUGAGCUAGCUUAGACAGUAAAUAAGUUGAAGUAUAUUGUAUACACCUAUUUCAAUUAAGGUUGCUCCCGCGAACCAUGUUUCAUAGGCCGCAGUGCACUAUGGUAAACCUUUUUGUAGCGGGAAGUUUAGUCUUGUUCACGUUCAUUGAAAUAAUGGAGGCCAUUUGUGAAAAGGCGUUCAAGAGAGCUUUCAAGUCAAAUAGCUGCUAAAAUUCUUAAGCAUGAGCGAGCUGAAAAAUUUCAUUUUUAAAAUCUCAUAGUAAAAAAUUAGAAGCCUCUUCUUUUAACAACAUUAAAUGAAGAGGGUUUUACCGCCUGAUUCAGAUCCAUUUUUGCAUGGGCCAGACUCCUGGUUAUUUCAAUAAAGCAAAUCAACGCUAUUCUUUUUUUUUUCAUUCAGAUUAAAAAAAAUGCCUCAAAAGUAGAUAAACACGUAAUGUUAAGUUAUUUAUUAUUGUUCAACAAACGCCUUGAAUUUGAUUUUUUUUAAUCUCCAUGCAAAAUUCCCACGUGCAAGAGCCAAGCCAACUCGUUGAAAAUUUGUAGCAUUUGCAUAUUACCACAGAGGAAAACCUAACCUCAAAUCAUUGUCUUAAAUUAAAAAGCCUAGGAUUCAGUGCUUUGAAAUAAUAUAAUAAUAAUAAUAAUAAUAAUAAUAAUAAUAAUAAUAAUAAUAAUAAUAUUAUUAUUACUGAAAUACAUUAUCUUAACGUUCUGCUGACAUAGCAUAGAAGCAUCGGCAGCAUUUGCUUUCUAGGUUUCUAGGCUCGUUGCGGGCACAUAAUUUACUAGACUUGUUAGAACAUGAUUUCGAUGAUUUGUUUACGCGCACGAUAAUGCACCGCGGGCUAUGAAACACGGAUCAUGCAUCAUUAUUCUCUGAAGCAACCUUAAUUGAAAUAGGUGUAUACAGGUAGUGUUAUUUUCAAUCAACUUUCCACAAGAUUUUUUUUUAUUUUUUAAUUCGAGGAAAAUUAAAGGUUAUGUAUGUUUGUAUGUAUGUAUGUAUGUAUGUAUGUAUGUAAGUAUGUAGAGCUGAUCAAGCUGUAUUAAACACAAAUUCAAAGUCAUAUUUCAGGAAAAUGACCAGGCCAUUGACAGUAAAAAAUUAAUGUAAAUGCAUUUCAUGGCAAUGAAAGAACAUAUGCCCAACAAAGCUGACACAUGUACAGCUUGUCUGCUAAGUAGGAUGCAAAAUAUAUGUUUUCUUAGGUCGAUUUCCGCUGUUAUUUUGAAGCUAAUGGUCCAAAUCACAUCCAUUUUCUGUAAAAGAUAGUUCUACCUUCGAAAUUUAUCAUUAAAAGCAUUUCUUGACCUCUUAAACGGCCGCCAAAGCAACUGGGCCAGGUUUAUGGCGGUUUUGUUUAUACGCUGCAUUGUUGUUAGGCAACUGCAUUUGCCCAAACCGACAGACAGAGAGAGAGAUUUAUGACCAAAGCAAGAUCAUGCCUUGCUUAAUGAUUGUCAUGUGCGUUGUAGUCAUGUUCUGUGCUCAUGACAAAUUUAUAAACUUGCUUCACGAUAAUUAUUGUUUUGGAACCCUUAAACAUACUUAGGCAGGCUUGAUUUACUGAAGUUUGGUCACGUUUUAAACUAAACAGGCUAAUAUUAUUAACAGGCUUGUAGUAAUAACUCAGUGUUUAGCUUUUGGAAACAACAGUUAAUAUUUAAGUGGUAUUCGAGCAUACUGUUGGUAUAUAUGUAAAUUACAAGCAUAUAUGUUUGGCCUCAGCUAUAACAUACUCCUCCUCUGACAGGUGAUUCCUGACUCCAUCCCCCUCCCCCAAAGUCUGUAGGGAUGGGAGCUUGUAUGCUGAUGCCAUAACCAAAUUUUCUCGGAUGGAUAGAUAACCAAAUUUUCUUAGCUUUGGAGCUCCUAUAUUAAUAGUUAUGGUUUGGUAGAUAAAUUCGUUUAUUAUUAUCUUUCAUCAACACCAAAUAAGUUGCAAAACAUUAAGCCCCAUCCACACAAAUGCAGAUAUUUGCACAAGUGCACAUCUUUUUCUUUGAAUCAUCCUUCUAUAUAUCUACAUGGAAACAGUGAAUCUGCUCACUAAAAAUGCCUUUCUUUGAAACCGCUGUCUGGAUCUCUCUGGAUUGGAUUUUUUCAAAUUGAUGCGUUUGGCAAAUUCUUUUAGAUGACUGAAACUGGAUAUUUUUUUAAUCUGUAGACAAAUUUAAACUAAGCUGUAUUUUUAUUCCAGGAUUGUCAGGCUCAAUUCCUAAGGCUACAACACUCCAAAAGGUUCGACUUCUCAAAAUUGUUCAAGAUUCCAUAGAUUUAUUAGGUUCACAGAUCAUCAAGACAGCCACAAGAACACAACAUGUUUUCACACACCUCCCCAGAGCACUUGCGAACUAAACCUUAUUUCAUUGUGCACAAAGUCAACUACAUGUAUGUCAUAAACCCGAAUCCAGACUUAAAUGAAAAACUUGCAAAUUCGAAUAGGCAGGCAACAAGCUUGAAUACUAUUCUUCAAAUGCCAGUCAAAGUUUUCCAUCGACUUUGCUCUUUGUGAUUAUCAAAAAUAUCAACCAUCCAAAUUUCUAAACGUACUGCAAGAAGCAUUAUUUCGUAAACUAGUGGUGCUAGUAAUGUGCAAUUUUUAAUAUAUAUUCAUAUGUUUUUUCUUUAGACUUAUUACCCUAUCCUGUAGGAUUGUACCCUCUUAAUAAUAUUCAUAAAACUGAUGAUGCCAGUUGCUAUGCUAACCUGGGUGGUACUGCUGAGGAUGCUCACCUUGUAACAGGUCCACUCAGUGAACCAGAUACUGCUUACGAGUUUGCAGGGAGCAGCACAAGUUACAUUGAUAUUCCACAAUUGCAGCACUUUGAUGCCGACACUUCUAUCACAAUAUUGGUGUGGAUUUUACAAACUGGACAGGCUGGGUCUGUAUUUAAAUAUGGCAAUAGUGACAGGGGAGUAGGAAGGUGUUCAUCAUCUAUGACUUAUUCUUUAGAACUUUACACAUCAAGAACUUCUUUUAGUGCACAAUUUGUUGAACCCAAUGGAGAGUCAGUUUCUCUUAGUAAUAAUACAGUCACUCUUGUCAACAAGUGGCGUUAUGCUGGUGUGUCGUACAACCACAAUAGUGGCACUGCAACAUUGUGGAUAGAUGGUAAUGAUGUUCAGAGAAAAAACCUAAAGAAACUGAAAUUAUGUACAGAUGGAAAAAUUCGGAUUGGUGGCAGAGAAGAAGAAGACAAAAGCUUUCAAGGAAGAAUAUCAUGCCUACAGAUUUAUGAUAAAGAACUUACAACCAAGGAAAUAACAGCUGUAAAAAACAGAUGUUUCAAUGGUAGUCAACGUAUGUAUGAUUAUCUUAUUUUAUUAUUUCAGAGUAAUAAAACCAACGGUUUAUAAGUGAAAGUGAUCAACCACAUAGCAAUACAGUGCAACCUAAAUAUGAUUUAUUUUAUUUUUACUUUCCGACACAAAAUAUAAGGAAUGGAGUUUAGCUCUACAGUUGAACCCCCUUAGCAUGUUUACUUCAUAUAAUGCCACAGAUGAAAGAAAAAUUGCCAACAGUUACCUGUCAGAAAGAAUGUGGUGUUUAUUUAAGGAUUAUAAGAAAAAGAAACUUAAUAAAACUUAUAGUAAUCUUCUAAAUAAGAGAAAAGAAAGCAAGAGAUUGAGGAUUUGGAACUUUAAUCCCACCUUUCUGUUUUACACAUAUAUUAUUUACAAAUCAUUUACCCUAACUGUUGUUAGUGAUUUUGAAAUAAAUGUCACCCUUGAAUAAUGUUAAAAUGCAAUAAACAUCAUAGCGUUUAAUGAAAGAAAUACGAUCAACUUUUUAUUUUUGAUAUCUGAUGAUCACUUAAUGUGAGAAACUGAUGUGACUGCCUCUAAUUCUCUAUCUCCAAAUUUUGUACUUUUGAUGUAUAUGUAUCAGUUAUGACCCACAUGAUACAAACACCCUUCCUCUUUGUGUUGGCCCCCUCAGUGUCUGUAUUAAUGUUUCAGUUGACUAGGAGUUUAACAUGGGGCAUCUUUUCACACUAGCAAAUAGAAGCCCUGGAAACUGUACCAUAACCAAAACCAUAAUAGUUUGAAACUUUGAGAAUACAAUGUAUCAGGAUAUGUGUUUUAGCAUGAAGUACAAAGAAAGAUCAAAUCAAGGAUUCCUUGUAUCUGGGAGAGGUGUUAAAUAAAUUCUUGUGUUUCCCUUAAAAUGUAUUGAUGGUUUAGGGUAAUAUUUUGAGUGGGAUACUACACUCAAUGUUAAAGCAAGCUUAUGUGAAGUAAAUAAUAAUAUAUAGUAAAACAGUUGCUUUUUGUCCUUUAAACAGCUCCCGUGGACUGUACAAAAGCUUCUAUGCAAUGUAAGUGUUAGCUCAGUUCUGUCCUUGAAUAGAACACAACAAUGAUGCUUUUUAACUGGUCUAAAUUAGUGCUUGUCAAAUUUAGAAUAAAUACAUUGUAUUAUUUGUAAUAUUAUUUAUUAUUUUUGUUUAAUAGCAUGUGGUGUAUCUAUGAGCACCCAGUCAGGAACAUUCUCCUCUCCAGGGUACCCCGCUGGGUAUCCUUAUGAUACAGCCUGUAAGUGGGAUAUAAAAGUUCCAAGUGGAUACAUCAUUACUUUGAAGUUCAAGUGAGUUAUAUUUUCUUCAGUGUUCAGGGUGUUCGGUUUAACACAGCGCGACAACCUUGCAAGAUGCCAUACUUUUAAUCCCUACUUCAUGUAAGAUGCAUCCUAGUUACAUAAACUUACCAACAGCUAAAUAUGGUCAAAACAACCAUAUACGUAACAUCUCCCUUUUCUUAACAAAAAAAUAAGCAAUCAAAAGUUUAACUAACACAAUAGAACACUGUCCUCUCUUAAGCGAAAUCUGAUCAGACUGACCGAACCUAGACCCAAGAAAAAACUAAAAUGUUUAAAGUCUCAAACAGUUCCACAUUAUAAAGACUCAAACAGUUCCACAUUUCAAAGUCUCAAACAGUUCAACAUUUUAAAGUCUCAAACAGUUCCACAUUUCAAAGUCUCAAACAGUUCAACAUUUUAAAGUCUCAAACAGUUCCACAUUUCAAAGUCUCAAACAGUUCAACAUUUCAUGUCAAAAUCCUUGAAUCUCCCUGGUGGACGAAUGCUGCGGGUCCUUGUCUUGAUACCAGGUACUGAAGCCUUUGUCUCUUCAGGAAUGUCGCCACUUGAGGAGGUUUUGGAAGGACUGCUGGUAGGCUUAACUUGGUGUACCGGAUCUCUGUGUGUAACAUUGUCAGGGUUGGCGUCUCUAUUGGCUUGUACUGACGGUUCCCUUGCAGGCUUUAGGAACUGCCUGUUUCUUCUUAAUGAUGUCCCACCCGUUUGAACUACGUAUGACCUGUCUGACAGCUUCUCAGUGCAGAUUCCUUGCUCCCAUGUUCGAUUCUUACGAAGGGGUGCGACUCUCACUUCCUGCCCAAUUUCCAGCUCUGGUAACAGUCUGACAUGUUUGUCAUGGUAGAAUUUGGCCUUUUGUCUUUUCAGCUGAAGACUAUCAACAGAACUGUGAUUUACAGUAGGGCGCAGCAGACUUGCAGCGGUCGGCAACAAGGUACGGGUUCGCCUUGACAUAAGCCUCUGGGCAGGGCUUGCCCCUACACCUUCUGUGGGGGUGUUACGAUAGUCGAGUAAAGCUAGCCAGGGGUCUUGUCUGUCACGCUCUGCUUUCUUGAAAAGCUGCUUAACAAUCUUUACAGACGAUUCUGCUUUGCCAUUACUCUUCGGAUGGUGAGGUGAAGAUGUGACAUGAUUGAAUUCCCAGGAGAGGGCGAACUCAUGAAACUCUUGGCUGCUGAACUGAGAUCCAUUGUCUGAAACGACUGUAUCCGGGAUACCGUGUCUACUAAACUGCUCUUUCAGGGCCUGUAUGACUGAAGUGGAAGUAGUGUCCUGCAGCUCACUAACUUCAAUGAAGUCAGAAAAAUAGUCCACAACCGUGAUGUAGUUCUUGGAGUGUAAUGUGAACAAAUCUGUAGCUAUCUUACUCCAAGGACGGUCUGGAAUUUGGUGUGACUGCAUUGGCUGACUUGCAUUCUGGGCUUGAAAUUCGGCACAUACUGAGCACUUCUCAACCUGGUCUUUGAUUUCAGCACUCAUUCCUGGCCAGAACACAAUAUCUCUAGCCUUUCGUAAGCAUGAAGCAACACCUUGGUGACUUGAAUGGAUCCUCGAAAGUAUCUCAGGUCUCAUGGCUUUAGGGACUAUGACUCUUUGGUUCUUGAACAAAAUCCCAUUGUGGAGUGAAAUCUCCUCUCUGUAAUUCCAAAAAUCUCUCACUUGUAUUGGCACUUGUUCUUUCUUCUCAGGCCAGCCGGUAACUACUGUUGUCUUAAGGGUUUCUAGAGCCAGGUCUUGGGCUGUGGCUUUCUGCAACUGUGUUAAUCUCUCAGGGGUUACUUUGAUAGAGUCAAAAGGAUUGAGUGACUCGAGCUCAAGAACAAAUACUUGAAAGCUGUCUUGUGUGUUGUCUGUAGCUUUCAGUGAGGCUCUGGAGAGGUGAUCGGCAAUGAACAUCUGAGUGCCAGGCUUAUAGUUAACAUCAAGAUUGAAGCGCUGCAACCUUAGUAGCAUACGUUGCAGGCGACAAGGAGCAGAAAGAAUGGACUUUCGGAAGAUGCUCUGCAACGGCUUGUGGUCUGUUUCAACUGUGAUUUUCUCACGACCAGCAAGGUACUGACUAAAUCUUUCGCAGGAGAAGACAAUAGCCAAACACUCUUUCUCAAUUUGGGCGUACUGUCUCUCAGUUCGUGAUAAAGAUCGUGAAGCAAAAGCAACGGGUUGGCCGUUUUGCAGAAGGGCUGCUCCUAACCCAUGUUCGCUGGCAUCACACUGCACCACCACUGGUUCUUGUACAUCAUAAUACUUAAGCACAGGAUGCUUGACUACUAGCUCACGUACUUCCUUGAAUGCUGUCUCAUGCUGCUGUGACCAGAUGAACUUUGCUUCCUUUGCGGUCAUUUCUCUCAGUGGCUGCACAACUUCUGACAGCUUUGGAAGAAACUUAGAUAAAUAAUUUACAAAUCCCAGCAGCCCCAGCAGCUCCUUCUUAGAUGUGGGUCUUGGCAUUUGCUGAACAGCCUUGAUUUUUUUCCGGAUCGGGCUUGAGACCAUCUUUUGUAAUUAGAUGACCCAUGAAUUUGACUUCAGUCUUACGAAGAUUUAACUUGCUGCUGUUUAAGCGUAGGUUGGCUUUGCGAGCCUGCUCAAGUAAGCGGGUCAAGUUCUCAUCAUGAUUUCUAUUGGCUUCAACUUCAUUUUCUCCAUAGCCCAUCACCAAUAUAUCAUCCCUUAUCACUGCUACCCCAGGAAGACCUUCCAGCUUCUCAUGGAGUUUACGUUCAAACUCUUCUGGAGCUAGAUUAAUUCCAAAAGGUAACCUUAGGUACUUGUAGCGGCCAAAGGGUGUCCAGAAUGUGGUCUUCAGACUGCUCUGCUCAUCUAAUCCAACUUGAUAAAAUCCAUCUUUAGCAUCCAAAGUGGUGAACACCUUUGCUUUACUGAGCUUGGGUAGUAAUUCGUCUAGAGUUGGCAUUUGGUACUUGGGGCGAAUGACUGCUUUAUUCAGAUCUUGGGGAUCAAGACAAAUUCUUAUCUUGCUUGGCGUGGUGACCACUACCAUGCUGCUAAUCCAUUCUGUUGGUAUGGUGACCUUUUCCACAAUUCCUUUGCUUUCUAAGUCCUCCAGUUUUCCUUUAACUUUAUCUCUGAGGGCUAUUGGGACUCGGCGUGGAGAGUGCUGUGUGGGCUUUACCAGAGGAUCAGUGACGAUGGUUGUGUUCCCAAUAUGUCCUAAUCCUUCAAAAACAUCCCUGUAGUUGGCCAUAAUUUGCUCUCUGGUGAGGAUUUUGCUCUCCAGUGAGUGGACCUCUUCAUAAGGUUCUAUCUCCACCUUAAGAAGACCCAAUUGCGCACACGUCUCAGCUGAUAGAAGGGGCUUAUUAGGGCUCUCUACUACUUGGAAUUGCAGGUCGUACUGUUUUCCUCUUCUUACUACAGCGAGGGUGGUUGCACCUACUGGUUGCAUGAAGGUACCAUCUAAUAAUUUGACAACCUUGCAAGAUGCCAUCAAAUAAUUUGAGCUUAGAUUUGGUCACGUUUAGAGGAGGAUUGCCAUCUUGCAGCAGCUGGACUAAAUCUGUGUAGCUGAUCACAUUGCAGGUGGAACCAGUGUCUAACUGACAAACUAACGGUACUUUCUCAUCAUCAUCUACCAAAAAUGUAAUGCUGGAUGUCAUUUGCUUUCCAUGCCCUUUAAUUGCAGAAAUUUCUUCUAUCUUCAGUAUGGAUUCCUCUGAAUCAUAAUCAUCGACGUUAGCUUCUUCUGCAAAAUGGACGGUUCCACGGCUAUCUUUUCUUGACAAACACACUUUGCUGAAGUGAUUCAUCUUCUUACAAAUUCUACAUUGCUGGCCAUAAGCUGGGCAAUCGGUGGGCUUUGAAUGCCAUUUGGCCUGACCACAAAACUUGCAUUUCCACGUUUUCUUUGAACCUUUAGUGGUCUUGUUUGAAUUUGAAGGUCUUGGUUUCUUGGUCUUAGUUUUACUUUUGUCUUGGACUAGAUGAAGCUCUUCAUUCGACUGCUUGCUUUCGUGCUGAAGCGACUUGAUCUGCUUGUUUGUAAUCUCACUCGAUUUGCACAUGUCGAGAGCCUUAUCCAAGGAUAAAUCUUUCUCACGCAGCAAUCUAGCUUUUGUGCCGGUAUCUUGUAUGCCAAUGACGAGCCUAUCACGAAUAAUCUCUUCGGUGAGUGUUCCAAACUGACAAGAGGAUGCUAGUUUCCUCAACCUAUUAACAUAGCCGUCAACAGUUUCCUCAGGUGUUUGAAUACAGGAAUUGAAAACAUACCUUUCGUACACUACGUUUCGUUUAGGAAGAAAAUAAUCUUCUAGCGCAGACAACGAUGACGUGAUCGUGAUUUCUUCAUCGCCAAAGUUAAGAUUAAGAAAGAUCUGGAGACAGUCUUUUCCCAUGACUGAACGAAAGGUCGCCACACGAAUCGCUUGACUCUUUUGAUCCAAUCCUGUUGCCACUUCGUAAUCCUGCCAUUGUUGCUUAAAAAAUUCCCAGUUACUGGUGAGAUCGCCUUUGCAAACCAUAGCGCUUGGUACUGGAAAAUUUGAAGGAACACUGAUUAUUUGAACUGGCGGCGGCGGCGCCGCUUCUGGAGAAGUUGGCAUUGCUCUAUGCUCGCACGUGGUCCAGUGAACUAAACGGCUUGAGAUGCUCUCAGUCGCUUGAAUUCGCUUGAAAAUUGGUCCGCUAUGCCCGGAACCGCUUUCACUGACUGUAGACUGGACUUCUCUUGCUGAGCGUAUCUAGCUCGCGGUAAAAUAAGCACAAACUUCUGACACCAUGUUCGGUUUAACACAGCGCGACAACCUUGCAAGAUGCCAUACUUUUAAUCCCUACUUCAUGUAAGAUGCAUCCUAGUUACAUAAACUUACCAACAGCUAAAUAUGGUCAAAACAACCAU